AUGACCAAUAUCGAUACCUGUGAUCCUCCCAGUACGUUCAACAGGAGUGCCUCGGAAAAGUACGGCAAAAAUGGGGCAGUUCACAUUUUUACCGGAAACGAAAAGCAGCGUAAGGUUCUCACUACUCCGGUCAUUUGGGACAGGAAUGUAGAUCGAGUUCGACCCCAGCUGGAUAAUGAGUGGGCCAACUAUGAGAACACUCCCAACCGGAUGGCGGAGGAAAACUUUCGGCGUCUGAGAAGGACCAUGGGAAGGAACAACAACGACGAUGGCGAGUCACAGCAGGGAUUCGAUAUCUAUCGAAACGUGGUGGAAAAUGCGUUGAAUGUGGCAUUCUUGGCUGCCAACUCCAACCAGUUGCGACUGUUGACCGAGUAUCAGGAACGGACCGAAGUGUACGACGUGUGCGUCGGGAUGCUGAUCAUGUCGUUGGUUCUGCAGAUUCUGCUCGGCGUUUCGAUGCUGACCAUAUCGGUGAAUAGAGACCAACGCUGGAAGAGGCUGAAAAUGAUGGCAUCGAUUGGCGUUGCAGUGAUUGCUCUCGUGAAUAUCGUGGUUCUGUCACUUGUGAAUGCAGUUUUGCUACGACAGACUUCCUGAGAAUGGACUGUUGCAAUGGAUGUCAGCUCAGUAAAAUGUAGGGAAUCC